AUGUUAAUGAUUAGUUUAGUAUUAAGGUGUGACAUUCUCUUACGUUAUCUAGAAUUGUCCCUCUUGUUUGACCUAGCUCGUGAUCUAUUACGUGCUGUAACAGAAAGGGCACUUAUCAAUUCCGAGGGUAAACAGACUGAAUUUAGUUGGUUAAAAGCUGGCUCACAAACUCCAUCACAAUUAUGCUCUGGUGUAACAACUUAUCCAUGGCCAGGUUUAACUGAUAUGUCAAAUCCUAUUCCUGGCAUUGAUCUAAUAAAUUCAUUCAAUAAAUCUGUGAAAUCAUCUAAUUCUUAUCGAGCAAGAUCAAAAUCAAAUAAUUCUUUGCAUUAUCAUGAGAAAACUGUUAAUUCUGAUGAUAAAAAUGUAUGUAUAUAUCAUAGAAAUAACUUAUCUGAUAGACCACCGUUUAUACCUGCUGGUGGUCGACCAAGAUGCCGUAGUGCGGAUCCUGCACAUUAUCUAGAUCAUAGAACACAUCAUAAAUGUAAUGUAGACUUACAUAAGAAGUGUAAUCGUCAUUUACAUUGUUCUGAUUCUGGCCAGCCUUUAAGUGAACGAGCAGUAUGGAAACCACCUGGUGUGGCUAAAACUAAUCAAAAUGUAUAUUAUAGUCGACCAACUACUCCAUUAUCAAGUCAAACAAGUUUUACUGCAGGAAUACCGUGGAGAACUGCCGCAAGAGCAUCACGCUGUCGAGGCUAUCCAAAUUUUCACUGUCCAGGUAAAACAUGCCUUGAAUCACGUGCUCUACAUUUGGAUUAUAAUCUUGUCAAUAAACAAUCAUCAAAUGUUAAUAAUAUAAAUCAGAAUGUCAAUAAAUCUGUUAUUCUUCCAUGUGCAAAAACGUUGAAUAGGGUUAUCGCUGAUGAAUGUCAUUACCAACAUCAUCGUCAAUCACAAACACAACAGCGUCUUGGGCAUAACCGACAAAACCCAACAUAUCAAAAAUCAUGUUCAAUGAUCAAUUCCAGAAUAAGUUCCCCAGAAUUAUCAGGGAUGAAUUUUCAGCAUAAAUUAAAACAGCUUAUGACGAAAGUAUCACAACUUGAAAAAGAUUUACAAACUGAAAAACGAAAAUCUGAUCGGUUAUUGAAAAAUCGUCAGUUUGUUCAACAAGAGAAUGAAUCCAAGCAUCUAUUUCAAAUUGAUCAAGAUUCAAUCCAUCAAUUGAGAAACUUCAUUUGUCGUUUGACAAAUAUGAUUGAAACUCUUCAAAAUUCGAAGAAUAAAUCUAAUAUAUCCAAUGAUGAACUGAAUAUUUUACAAGAUACAUUUGAACAAUUAUGCUCUCUUAUUAGUCGUAUUACAGAAGAAGAAAAUAUUGACAAAAAACAUUCUUCUACUUAUUAUCAUGAAAUAAGUAGUAAUAAAAUGAAUAAAGAAGAAAAUAAAAUUGAGAAAAGUAUAAAACAUACUAAACAUAAAUCUAUUGUCCAUAAUCAUGAAAAAUCUAAUACUAAACAAAUAAAAGGGCAUAUUCAAUGGAAAACGAUUGCUAAAACACGUGCUGUACAAACAGAGAAUCCGCAGAAUUCAAUUAAAACUAACGAAAAGAUAAUUAGUGAUAAUAAAAAUAGUAUACAACAUAAAUAUGAAGUAUCCAAUCCACAUAUUGCAUGGAUUCCUUCUACAUGUACAAAUACAGCUACUCAUACCAGUAUCAAAAGUACUAUGUCGAAUUCAUAUAAUGACAAUGAUAAUAAUAAUAAUGUCAAUAAUAGCAAAGUAAUCCCUUUAAACUCAGAAGAUGAACAAGAACAAAGUCAAAUAACUAACAACACAUCUAUAACUAGUAACAAUAAUAAUAAUAAUAAUCUAAGGGUUACGAACUAUGAAAAUAUUAAUCACAAAAAUUCUAUGGAUGAUGACAACAGUAACGUUGAACAUCAAUAUUAUCGUUUAGAUAACAGUACCGCUGACCAUCAUCAUCAUCCGUCGACUAAUUCUACAGAACAACUAAUUGAUAAUUUAGACAUUUUUAAGAAAAGUUCACAAACAGACCAAAUGUUUGCUGAAUUGAAAGCAGCUACAAUAAUUGGUACAUAUUCAAAUGAUGAUGAUAAUAAUAAUAAUACGAAGAAUCGAUUACUUGAUAAUAAACAAAUGAAUGGGUGUAUACCAAAGGUGAAAAGUAUUGAAAUAGGUGAUACAAAUGAAAUAUCAAUGCUAAACGAUUCAAACAGUUCAACAUGUGUCUCCAACGUUUACAACAUUCAAAACACUAACUGUAAUAAGAAUUUAAACAUAAUUGAGAAUGAUGAAUUGGUUGGUAAACAAGUGGGCAAUACCAAUCAAACAACAACAACAACAAAGAAAUCACUAACUAAUCAGAAAUCUAAUGAAUUCAAUCAAUUGAACAUUGAAACGAAUCACUUGAACAAAUGUAGUUUGAAUAAGCCCAAUCAAUUUCUUCAUAAUGAAAACAUCUGCCUCAUUGAGAAUACAAUUUGUAAUGAUGAAAAAACUAUUCAGACAAACAAUAAUGGUAAUCACAACAUCAAUGCUACUAAUAAUAAUAAUAAUAAUAAUAAUAAUAAUAAUAAUAAUAAUAAUAAUAAUAAUAAUAAUAAUAAUAGUAUAAACGAUUCAGAGGACGAGUUAUUUGAUGAGUUGAUCAGGGGUAAUUUUGAUUCACCAAUCCCUAAUCCCACAGACUAUGAUUUAAACUCUGUAGAUUAUGAUGAAAUAGCUUAUGAUGAUCAGUUAUCAUCAACUAGUACAAGUCUAUUGUUGGACAAUUCAAAUCCAAUUUAUCAAUCAACAAAUAAUUCAUUGAUAUCAACUGAAAAUUGAUCAACAUUACUACCAUUAUUAUUAAUGAUAAUCGAGUAUCUUAUUGUGAUGAAUUCAUGUUUUGAUUCUUAUUUCAUUUUCAAUUGUUUACGUAUUGAUAAUUGAACACCUUCCGGUGAUUACAACAAUUUCACAUACAUACACACAUACAUCUUUUGUAAUUUUAAGAAAAUCAAUUGACUGUAGUACAUAUAUAAUACGUAUGUUGUGAGCACAAAUAUGUUGGUGUGCAUAACAUCCAUUCUUCCAACAUUUUUGUUUGUUAUACUUUUCAAAAUAAAUAAACCUCGUAAUAUCAUA